AUGGGGCUGCUGCGAGCAGGGGGGAGUCGCCUCCAACUCGUGCCAGGGCAUGGACAUCAUCUCUCCAGGCCGCCGGCCAAAUGCUACCGGCUACCUCGCCUCUUUUUCUCUCCGCUCUCCACUUUCCCUUCUCCAGCCAGCGCAAGUUUGCAGAACGGACCCCCGGCUGGGGCGAACGGCGGCGCCGCCUCCGCUCGUAAGAGGAGGAUGAUGGUUUGUGAAUGCGAUACCGGCAGCGGGACCGUGGAGGAAACUUUUGAAUAUUCGGAUUCGGAGGGAGAGGACCUGAAUGGCGCCGGAGAGGCUGAGGGUCCUGGUGUUGCUUGGCGAGAAGCGAGCGCGGAGUCUCAAAGCAUUUGGGGGCAAGUGAAAGAGAUCGCAGCGUUCGCAGGGCCUGCUACGGGGUUGUGGGUGUGCGGGCCUCUAAUGAGCCUUAUCGAUACCAUGGUUAUCGGACAGGGGAGCUCCCUGGAACUCGCCGCCUUGGGUACUCUUCUACCUCGUUUUCUGUUUGGUGACCUUUUGCUCAGAGUCUGAGCAUUUGCGAUUUCAAUAUUUAACUGAUUAAUCUUCUGCAAUGGCCGGCUGGUUGCGGGAGCAGGUCCUGGCACCGUCAUCUGCGACUACCUCUCCUAUGCGUUCAUGUUCCUCUCCAUUGCCACCUCCAAUAUGGUCGCUACUUCGCUUGCCAAAAAGGUUGCUGGUUUGUGUUUGUCUUUAUGAUUAUGCCACUGAUUUUUGUAUCUUCGCCAUGUCAAGGAUAUGACUAUCCACGUGAAUGGUAAAUGAUAAGUGAAUUUAACUAUACGCGAAACAUGCUGUGUACCCUUGCCUCGGCUGGAGUUCAAUUUUAGAUGGAACUAUAGUUUUGACGGGGAGAUACCAAGUAAACAAUGCUUCCUUACGGGGAGGGUGGAAUGGUAGUAUCUGUCGCAUUUCGUUAGAAAUUUCAUACUUCUCCAAUUAUAUAUAUACGAUGCGGUUCAUGAAUGAAAAGGAAAUGUGAAAAAAGGGUAGAUAGUUUUUGUAUAAAACUGGGGCCAUGUUUCAGAAUGUUGCUAUGAAGCAACCAGUCUGAUGGCUGUUGGUGGGAGUUGACGAAAUCACUGAUGAGCAUUUCUUCUUCUUGUUCUUCUUUUCCUUUUCUCCUCAAUGUUCUCCUGUCCUCUUCCUGUUACUCCACUCCUUUUAGUUAAAAAUUACCAAUAUUGUUGGAAGUUGUCUGUUAAUCAUGCCUUCAAGUUCAUAUUACCUGUUGUCUUCGUUUUUCCUCUAUUUGCCAACCGAAACUCGAAAGGUGUGAUUGACAAUGUCACUCCUUCAAAAAUAUUAACCAAAUGAUUAACAGUUGCAUUGAUUCCACGAAACAGACGAUGGAAUGGGGGUUUAAUAAUUUUUUUUAUCAUUAGAAUUCAAAGUUUGCAUUUGCUUUCCAUUGGUUGUGAACACAACCUCUGGAUAUCUUUGAUGAUUGGUUCCAUUGAAUGAGAGGCAUUGUGUUAGCAUCUUGUUUCAUAGAUGCUUGCAAUAACAUUUUGGUGUUAGUUUGCUCCUUUUGUUGAAGGAUUCGUCAGUGGUCUACUUAAUUUGUGUUAUUUCUUGCCAUGGGCAACAGUUGUAACUAAUGAUCUAUUGACAUGCAGGAUAGAAAUUUAGCCCAGCAUCAGAUAUCUAUAUUGCUGUUUAUUGCUUUUGCCUGUGGCUUGGGAAUGCUCGUAUUUACAAAAUUCUUCAGUACACAAGUGUUGACCGGUAAGCAUCUAAUCUCUUGUUCUUUAGCUAUCUUCUAGCUGUGAACCUUGUAAAUGUCGUUCAGCAUUCAACAUAUUUUUGUCCAUCAAUAUCUUCAUGUGCUUCUUUUCUCCUACAGCAUAACAGAGUCUGCCUCUUAUCACUUCUAUUCAAUAAUAGUAUUACACUAUCUUCUGCCUAUUCUAUGAUAUUUUCUCACAUCUUACAGGUUCUAUUGCCAUUGGUCCUCGGAGAGCCUACUCUCUUAUCCGUUUUCUCUUCCUGUUCCUUCCCUUUUAUUUGUGAAACAACGUCAUACUCUUUUUGACAUAUUCCUUGUAUAAAUAUUAUUAUGAAUACUACGCUUAGUUUGAGAUAAUUUGAGCCAUGUUUCCUUUCAUACUGAAAAGUCUUUGGUAUUUUCUCUGACAGUUAUCUGUACACUGACUGUGUUUCAACUCGGAAGAGCACUUUUCGCUUAAUUUAUAUGUUUCUUUUUCCAUGCACAGCUUUUAUUGGUCCAGAGAAUUUUCACAUAGUACCUGCUGCAAGCACAUACGUUCAGGUUUUUUCUGUCAUCGUUUAGAUAUUAUGAUAUUUUAGCACUGCUCUGGAUUAUUAUUCUUCAUGAUUCAAUCUAUUGGCUAACUAUUUAGAUAACCCUUUUCAAUGGAUGGCCUUUUGAAUAAUUAAAUGCUAACUCUUAUACAGAUGUAUGUUUAUCUACACUAUAAAGUUACUAAAGGAAUGUCUUUUCCACAAUGCUAGUUGCUAUAUACUGUUAAGGGCGCCAAUAGUUCCAUACAGCUAGUCAUUUGUAGUUGUGGUCAUAAAAUGACUUCUUUUUGAGAACAUAUUUAUGAGCUGUAGAAAGAUCUUAGUUCUGAACAAUUCACAGCCACAAUUUUACAAGCAUCAAAACGGCCAUCAUGCGAGCUAAGAAACAUUCAAGGUUGUUUUUUUGCAUGAUGGUGUAUUUGAUGCCAAAAAAAUUAUUGCUACAUGGAUUGUUUAAACACUUGGUGCUUUGGCGUCAUGGAAGUCAAACAACUUCAGUAAUGUCAGUUGUAAUCUAAAUUUGCUACCCAUACUGACUUAGAUUAUAAGAUGUUGUGUAAAGGUGAAGUUAGAGUCAUAUGAUUACAAAAUAUAUCAGGUGAACAAGAUCAAGAUUUUUUUCGAAUUACCUAUUUGAGGUUCAACUUUCAUAAAAUAAAUGUCAUCUCAUAUAUUUUACUAUUUGGUAAGUUUUUUUAUUAAUUAGGCUUUUUCCUCAUUCUGCUCUAGAUUCGAGGACUUGCAUGGCCAGCAAUUCUUGUUGGGAUGGUAGCUCAAAGUGCUAGGUAAGAAUUACCUACCGUUUUCCUACUUCAUUUCCUUUCUCAUCUUUGAGAAAAGUGUUAUUCAUUUACGAGAUCCAAAGAUCUCUGAAAAUACUCCAUUAUUUCUGCGUUUCCACUAAAUGUUGACAAGAUUAUUUGAUGGAUAAUCAAUAGACUCACCAUGAAUGAUGAGAAACCUUUUAGAAACAAAAAGACGGUUCACAUCCAGCAACCUUUAGUAUGACUUUGCAAAUUGGUCAAUCUCCAAUUCUUGACCAUGACGUCAUAAAAUGCUCAUGUUGCCUCUAUAAUUCUACGAACAACAAAGUUGGGUUUUGUCACUUUCCAUUAUCAUGGGGUAAAAUAUGUAAUUUUCCUUAAACUGAGAUUAAACUUUCCUGAUUUCAUCUAAUCUGUUGCAAUCUACAUUCCGAAGAAAUACUUUCAUGUUUUCAGGCGCCUAUGUUUGUGAAAAAAAUUCCUCUAUUCCACUGUAUCAUGCAUCCUCCAUCUUUUGAUACUUCCAAAGAUGCGCCAACUGUCAAGAACCUUCCAUUUGAAUCCCAACACCUUACUAUCUGGCCCCAUUCAAACUUGUGCUAGAGAUUGUUGAAGCAUAGAAAAAUAUUUCCAUUUAAGCAACUGUGUAGUUCCUUCUAAAUUUAAAUAAUGCGGGACGUGUUAUAGGUGCUUCCUGGUUUGGGGUUCAUAAAAAGAAGGGAAACGUUCCUCAUGUUUGUGUAGUAAGGAAAGAUGUUGUUAGUUGAGUGAAUACUGGUGUACCAGGCAGUGUGGGAUUGCAACGAUAGAGCCAUCAUUAUGUAAACAAUAAAUGAUGACUUUAAAGGUAGAGAAAAGGAUUAUGGACUGAUUUCUGUGGAUCAGAGAAAAAUAAUUUGUAGAAAAUGAAGACUCCCAAGUUGCUUUUUGCUUCAACCGUGCAUAAUAUCAAUUUACUGGAAAAAAAUCAUUUGUUUUCUCCACAUUUUUUGUCGAAACUUCUAGAGUUAUAUUUGUAACUAUUGUAUUUCCUUGUGGCCAUUCAGUUUAGGGAUGAAAGACUCACUGGGACCAUUGAAGGCUUUAGCAGUAGCUAGUGCAGUGAACGGGUUUGGUGAUAUUCUUCUUUGUUGUGUUUUUAACUUUGGCAUUGCUGGUGCUGCCUGGGCAACGAUGGUAUCACAAGUAUGUCCGUAUCUUUUUAUCAACUUUUUACGUACAUUUAAAUCAAAUGAAUCUUAUUCCUGAUCUCAACACUGGCUUUCUGUUGUACCCUUUACUGCUUUAAAAGUAAAUUUUUUGGCAUGAUAUGCCCACUAUGUUAAUGGAGCAGGAGGAAAAGAGUUUUCUGUUCUCCAUGUCACUGUGUAUGCCUACUGAGUUUUCCCGAGAUUUUCGUGCAAUCUGUAUUAGUUUCAACAUCUCACCUUAUGAACUAGGUUAUCGCUGGAUAUAUGAUGGGGAGAGCGCUGAACAAGGCUGGCUUUAGUGCUUUUAAUCUGACUCUUCCGUCACCUGAGGAACUUCGGCAGAUUUUUGAGAUUGCCGCUCCAGUGUUUGUUACUAUGACAUCAAAGGUCUCUGAUAGUUCCUAAAUUUCCAUUUCUAUUUAUUUUGUCUUUGCUCCAACUUAUCUGAGGUCUUCCUUGUUUAGAUAGCGUUUUAUUCACUUCUUACAUACUUCGCGACAUCCAUGGGAACAAUAACAGUUGCAGCCCAUCAGGUGGAUUAUGCUUUCAGUUUGACGUCUCUUGCUUCCUGCUUUAAUUUAUCAUAAAGAGCUGACUUCUUUCUGUUGUGUCAUUAAAGGUCAUGAUUAAUGUAUAUUGCAUGUGUACUGUUUGGGGUGAGCCACUCUCACAAACUGCUCAGUCAUUUAUGCCCGAGUUGAUCCAUGGAAUUAAUCGGAAUUUGGCAAAGGUUUGUUUCUAUUGUUUAGGCAUUGAGUUAUGUUAUCUUUGGCUAUGCAUAUGCUUAUGUCUCGAGUGAUCAAAACUGAGUUAUCUAACUUUCUUUUGUUCCUUGAAACAUUACUUCUAACCAUGUUGAAUCAUGAUGAAUUCUAACUCGUAAGAAACAAUUUUUUGGUAAGAGAAACACCAUGCGAAUGCAUAUCCUAUUCAAGUUAACCAAAGAAUAGUGGCCAAAGCCUGGAUGAGAGGUUUAGGGAAGAUUGGCUUAAAACGUUUGAUGAGGGAACUGUGAAUAGGAACAACUGUGAGGACAAUAGAGCCUUAUCAUUGUGGCAGCAGGACAGCUUCCCCUGCGGUUUCGAUGCAUUUAUUGUCUUGAAAAAGGGCAUGUAAGUAGCGAUCACAUAAAAUAUUGUGCAUCACGAAGAAAAUUAUAAAUGAAUUCGAACAUAAAGGUUGCGUCCGACAUGGCAGUCAAAUAUGUAAUUGCUCAGCAUGUUAUGUACCUUCUGAUUUAGCUCUCUGAACCAAAGACACUUUGACGGUACACUAGACAUUUACAUUUGUAGGAAUUUGGUCAAUGAAUCCUCCAAGUAUGUAUUUAUAUUCACCCCACUACUUUGGAACUUCCAAUUAGUUGACUAGAUUCGUAUGAGGAAAGCAUGUCUAGCAUUGAGAGUGUUGAAAAAACGAGACAAGGGGGCUGGUCGGCGAGAAAUGAGAGAUGAGAAAACCAGUUGGCCGAGAAAAACAGUAAGACUACAAGGUGGCAAGAUGACCCGACAGCCAAGGGCGACCAAGAGAGGGAGAGAGAGAGAGGAACGAGAGAGGCAAGGGAAAACUAUUCUCAUCACUAUUAUGGCGGCUCCCUUAGAUUAAAGGGCGAGCUCCCCCAAUUAUAGCGGUUGAAAAAGAUAAAAAAACUAGACCAAUGACAUGAACUCUCUCCUUGAGGACGAAAAUGCCCUCGAGGAUAUAUUUCAAAUUAUUUUUGACAGAUAUCUAAUUAUCUAUCACAACAGAGAGUUCACUUCAAAGAUUGAGCUGCCAUAUAUUUAGUAUUCACUUGCUUGAUAUUCAGUUCUGUUUGAAUUGGCAUAAGAAACUCUGUGCUGCACAAAACUUUCAUUGAACUUCUUUCUAUAUGAAUCUGGCUUUUAAUAGUCUGGUUUCUGGUAGUUCUUAAGCAUGUUUGAUGGUUCAAUGGGUCAUUUGUCUUCACUAUUUAAUCAAAGAAGGCCUUUUUAUAGUGUUAAUGGUGUGUUAUAUCCAACCAGGCCCGAACAUUGUUACAGUCUCUUAUUAUCAUUGGAGCUUUGAGUGGAUUGACAUUGGGUGCUGUUGGAACAUCAGCACCUUGGUUUAUACCAUACAUUUUUACCAGUGACAGCAUGGUCAUUGGCGAGGUAGCCUUUCUUUCCUGGUUGUAUUCCCAUUUAUUUUUAAUGAUCCCAAAACUGAAUUUAGGUGGAAAAAUUAUCAUCUGUUCUUGAUAUAUUUGUGAUAAACGUUUAUUCCUUUUUCUGGCUGGAGCAAGUCCUAUUUUAUCGUUGUUAUCUUCUUACUUCUUUGACUUUUAGGGGGCAUAACGCUGCCUGUAUGUUGUGUUCUGUCAACUUUUACUGGAUCAGCCUCCAAGAGAAACUACUUCUACAAUACAUGGCCAUAAUUCUAAUAUCCACUGCAGUAUAAAUUGUUUGCACUUCCUGAGGCUUUUGGAUUGGGUUUAGCUUUAUCCAAGCCUAGCCCAUUGACUCUUUGUAAUGUUCCUCACCUUAUUUUACCUCUUGUUGUCUUGCAUCUCCUUCCACUAUUAUUUGGAGCCCAAUGGAAAAUGAAGAUGACUGGCAUCCUCUCCUUCCCCUUCAUCAUCGUCUUGCAUGCUUCUUCGUGUUCUUUCAUCUUUGCUAUUGCUCAGGUAGCCGAAUGGCGCAAGAAUGAUGCUCAAACAUAUUGCCAUUGGCCAAAGAAGGUGCCUAUUUUUUCAAAUGUCCAGAGGGGCCAGAAGUGUGAUCCGUAGAACUGGAAAGGAUGUAGCUCAUUCCAAUCCCAAUUGCCUUAUUCUGAAAUCUAUGGCUACAAAAUUCACCAUCUGAUUUCCCAUAAAAGAAUUUUUCCUAGUGAAAAACCCCCUCUUUUCCUAAAUAUGGAACCCUGGAAUUCAGAUUGUGUCGGAUAGUCUGUGCUCUCUGCUUGCCUGUGGGAAGACUCUCUGCUUAUCAUGUUUAACUCUGAAUUUUAUUUAUAUUAGCGAGGGGCAAGGACACAAAGUGAACACUAAUGAAAGCCUUUGGGCUUGAAUCAUUUCUGGGGGACUGGAAUCCCUCUUGCCAGUUCUUGUUGUGUACUGUCAAUCCCAUUCCUAUGUUCCAUAGCCACUCUUGAUUAGCAGACUGCAGCAAUAGUUGUCUUGUUCUGGGCAGUGGUUAUUUAUAAAUAUAACAAGUAUUCAAGCUACCUGUGCAAACACGUAUGGUGAGGUAGGGUUUAGAGUGCUUGUUCAUGGGGUAUAAUCACUUUCUCGAUCUGCAUGCCUAAUCAAUUUCGUGAACGUUGUUGGUGCUGAUUCCGUGCCUAUUUCUCCCUCGUACAAUGCAGAUGCACAAAGUGUUGCUCCCAUUUUUUAUUGCACUGGUAGUGACACCUCCAACGCACAGUCUCGAGGGAACAUUGCUGGUAAACUUUGGAUUAUCUUCCUUAAGUUUGCUUAUUUUCUGUAGUCUACUGUCUAUUUUUAUUUUUAUUUCUUUUGUAUCCGUGAACAAUUCAGGAGAUAAAUCUGUGAAUAUCCGAGCAAUAACAUGCUUCCUCCGUGAGAGAUUCUAAAUAGUAAUGUUAAAUUUAUUCAGACAUCAAUGCUGGGGUUUAACCCUAAUCUUUUUCGAGGAAUAUUAUCCUUCGCCAUGAAAUCUUGAAUGACCACUGUUAUACUCUAUCUUGCUGCAUAGAAAGUCAACGAAUUCUGUGGUAGCAGACCAUGUGGAAGUUUCCGUACUGUCUCGUAUAUUAUUUUCUAUGGUCCAUUAUAGACUUCCAAAAAAAAAUUUCUUUUUUUUUAAACUUCCAUUAUAGGAAGUCAACUAAAGAUUUCGAGAAUAAGAGUUGAAAAAAUAUUUUUUAUUCAAUUUUAUCUUCAUCCCCCGAUAUGAUAUUAUUGUGGCAUAGCAUGUAUGUAUAUAAACAAAACUGUCACAUAGAGAGAGAAGCUUAGAAGGAUAGAACCUAAUUAUGAUUGCUGCAUUUUUCCUUGCAUUAUCCUCAAAAAUCCUGCACACCUAAAAGCUUAAAAAAAAAAAUAAAAUUUGGAAGUCUAUAAUUUCUGGGAUAUUAAUUUUCCUUUUUUGGUAAAUUGAGAAAAAGUAAUGCUUGGUGGGUUUGUGAUUCCCUCCUUCUGAUCAUCUGUAGGCUGGAAGAGAUCUGAAGUUUCUCAGCCUGUCGAUGCUCACAUGCUUUUGCUUUGGUGGCCUUCUACUGGUAUGCUAUUUAUUUUCUCAUCCGCAGCCAUCUGUUCUUGAAUGUACAUAAAAUACAGAAAUAGAUAGAAAUAGAUAUUAACAUAUAUAUAUAUAUACUAUUUAUAGAGUGUACAGAGAGUUACUGAUAUAUGUUUGUGGUUGUCUCUCUCAGUCGGUCUUCGGCAGGGGCUUCGGGCUCCCCGGCUGCUGGUGGGCCCUUUCAGGAUUUCAAUGGGUAACGACAGCAUUUCAUGGUCUCCCGUCAGAGCUUCGAUUCCUCAAGUGCUUUCUAUUAGUAUUUCUUCAUGCGCUUUCAGGCCCGCUUCCUCCUGGCCGGGCGGAGGCUGACGUCUCCCAAGAGCGCGCUCUCGGAGGAGAAGUUCUACCAGCAGGAGCUCGUGAAGGCGAAGGCCGCUUAG